GGAGAGACAACCAAGUUUGAAGUCCUGACACAGUUAUUCCACAAUAACUGCAUUACUGGUGUGGAUGUCUGCAUUAGGAAACCACUUGUUGUCACUUGUGCCUUAGAUUGUUCUGUAAGGGUCUGGAACUAUGAUACAUAUAAUCUGGAAAUGCACAAAGUAUUUAACGAGGAGGCAUUUAGUAUUUCCCUUCACCCUUCUGGCCUGUUUAUUUUGGUUGGAUUUACUGAAAAACUGCGGCUUAUGAAUCUUUUUAUUGAUGAUAUCGUCAUCUUUAGAGAAUUUUCUGUAAGAGGCUGUAUUGAGUGUGCAUUCAGUUAUGGUGGACAUAUGUUUGCUUCAGUGAUGGGCAAUGUGAUCCAGCUGUUUUCGACUUACACUUUUAAGAAUAUCCUGAAUCUUAAAGGUCACAACGGAAAAGUGAAGUCUGUUAUCUGGAGUUUUGACGACAACAAGCUGGUGUCCUGUGGCAUGGACGGUGCUGUCUAUGAGUGGGAGACCACCACAGGGAAGAGAAUUGGUGACAGUGUGCUCAAGACAUGCAGUUACUCAAGCAUCACUAUCGCACCAGAUGGGAAGUCGGUUAUUGCUGUUGGUUCUGACAAAAUACUCAGGGAGAUUGCUGAAUCAAGGAUCGUGAGAGAGGUUCCUUCAGGGGACUUAGAGUUUACUACAGUUGUUAUAUCUCGUUCUGGCCGCAUGCUUUUUGCUGGUACAACGAAAGGGACAGUAUUGUCUGUAAAAUAUCCUUUGACAGCCUCUGGUGACUGGAUCGAAUAUCAUGGCCAUGGUGCAGCUGUUGUGAAAGUAAAAGUAAGUUUUGAUGACAAUUAUCUAAUCAGCAUUGCCGAAGAUGCAACUGUCAACCUAUGGAGGAUCUUUGAUAAGGAAGGUCAUCUGAAGAGGGAACAAGAUUUUGCAUGGGCAGAAGAAAUACUUAUCUCACAUAAAGAACUGGUUGAAAAGAAUAUGACGCUGUCCGAUUUGAGCUCCAAGAUAGAAGAAGUCAGAAAGGAGAGCCAGUAUCAGUUGAAUCAGAAAGAUAUCAUAUUCAAUGAAAAGAUCACAUUACUCACAGAAACUUUCAUCACCAAAAUGGAAAGACUGAAAAUAAAGAAUCAGGUCAUACAAAAUGAUAAAGAAUUAGAAGUGCAGGAACACGAGGAAGCAAUCGAAAACUUGAACAAAGCUCAUACUGAAGAAAUGGAACAUUUAGAGGACUCAUUCAACCAGAAACUGGUUCAGGAGUUUGAGAAGUUUCAAGUACAUCAAUCAAAAAUUGUAACCAUGCAGGAAGAUUAUGAGAAACAGCUGGCGGAGGUAGAAAACAACAAAGAGAAGGCAUUAGAAGCUCUGACAGAGUAUUACGAGAAAAAGUUGCAAGACAUGACUGCAAAACUGGGAUAUUGUAACGGACAGUUACGACAAGAUGCCAGAGAGCACGAAGAAGUCGUGAGACAAAUAGAGGAGGACUGUGACAGAGAGAUCCAGGACCUCAAGCAUGCUUAUGAGCAAAAAUUACACAAGGAAAGAAAUAGUAACCAAACGCUGAAAGAGAAGAAUGCAGUUCUGAUGAGAAGAUUCAACAGUCUGCAGAAGGAGAUUGAAGAACUUAGAGAUGAAAUCAAAAAGCUGAAGUCAGAGGCCAUGAAGAUGAGCAAUAACAAUUCCUCAUUAGAGAAGGAUAUCACAGCUUUGAAGAGCAACAUACGGGACAGAGAUGCCAACAUUCAAGUGAAGGAGGCAGACAUUUUCAUCCUGAAGAGGAAGAACAAUGAACUGGAGAAGUUCAGAUUUGUGUUGACUUACAAAAUUAAAGAGCUCCGGGAGCAGAUUGAGCCCAGAGAACUAGACAUUAAGAAAAUGAAGGAGCAGAUUAUGGGGAUGGAGCAUGAGCUGGGCAGGUUCCAUAAGUAUAAUGGUCAACUAGAGUUCACAAUUGCUGAACUAAAGGAAAAACUCAGAGCAGCUUCUGGAGAAACCAAUCGGGAGAAACAAAAGGUGCAUGAUGUAGAGGCCAUUGUGCGUAAAUUCAAGACUGAGCUCCAUAACUGUAUAGCCACCAUUCAAGAUACAAAGUCGUUCAAAGAAGGCAUCAGAACUUUGUAUCGCAAACAUGUUUUGGAGGAUAAUUCGGAGAUCUCAAGCGUGGAUGCAGAUAUCCAGAAAGAAUUCACUCGACAGAAGGAGCACCUGGAGAGAUCAUUGUCUAUUCUGCGGAAGAAGCUGGAAAAGGAUUCAGAGAUUCACAAGGCAGACACUGUCAAGAUCAUGCAGGAAAAUGUCUCCUUGAUCAAGGAGAUUUGUGAUCUGCGGAAGGAGCUGAAGCUGUGCCGUGAGCUCAUCCAUGACAUGUCUGCAGCCAUCACACUAGAGAGCCACCAGAAGAAAACUAAAGUGCCAGACUUUAAUCGCAGACUCACAGAACCACUUCUGGAAAAAGAAAUGGAGGAACAGAAGAAGAUUAUUGAAAUGCAGCAGCUGGAGCUGAAGAGACUGAGAGAUGAAAUAUAUGAUCUGGAAUUUUCACACAGCUCAAGACGCACGGGACAACUGACACCACUCGUUUCGUAA